ACUCAAGGUCUGGGCUUUCAUUAUAAGACAGAAGUCCCCCUCCAGCUCACAUGACAGCAUGGUGCUGCAUUUCCUCAUUGGAUCUGGCUGUCCCUGGACACAGGUAGCUGCCUUCAGGCCUGCCACGAGCGGCCAAGGGAAGCCUCCUCCAUAUGCUGGCCUCGCUGGCCCCUCAGCUUCUUCCAAGCCAGUGCUUUCCAGGCACACUGCUCCAGCGUGUGACGGGAAGGGCCUGGCAUGAGUCAGCCUGCAGCACAACCUCCCUGCUCCAGACCCGUAUGGUAGGGGCACCCCCUAGGUCUGGCUGUGCUGUGGUGCUUUUGGACACCCCCACCCCCGCAGGCUGUGGCUCCUCCUGUGUCUCAUUCUGGCCAGGACCCUCACAUGCCCUCUGUUGACUGCUAACCUGGUUCUCUGACCAGGCAAGGGCAGGCUGAGGGGUUUGCCCAAAGGGGGCCCCCUUGUUACUGGCUUCCUUGGCUCUCAGGAGCAGCCUCACCAGGUUGGUAAGGGGCUGGAGGAGACAACUGCUCAAAGGAGUCCAGCUUCACAUGCACAUGCUAGAACGUACCCUCUGAAGGCCUGGCCUUGAAAGGUAGAUCCCAGGGUUGAAAAGUCAACUUGUAUGCAUUGAGCAUUUCGUGUGCCAGCCCUGUUCCGUGAGCUGAUGGGCCUUUGUGUGUAAGUAGGACCAAGUCCCCCCGUGGAGGUUAGCAUGGGUGUGCAUAGUCAUUUCAGAUACUUGAGUUGGUACAUCUCAGUAAAGUCUGUCCCGUGAGAAGCCAUGGGUUUCAUGGUAUGGUUGGCAUCUUCCUUGGGAGUGGCCACAGUGGUGGUGGCUUCUGGGAAGAGACUCCAACAGGGGCCAGCUGUGGGCCUUGGGCACUUCUCGUUUCCAGGAAAAGUCCUAAGUCUGUAGGGCUAGGGGUGGGGAACCCCUUCGCUGUCAGGAUCAAGAGGGCAAGGGGAACUGUCGCUGGAGGAGACAUCCAGCUGGAGAAACAAAAGAGUAAGUCCGCGUUGCUGCUUGUGGGGUCUUCCCCAUCUCAGGGCGGGGACCGGGGGUGGCGGUCCAGACAAGUACUCAAGGACGAUGCCCAGGAGGGGACAGGUACGGGGUGGCAGGAGCUCUGCCGGCGGGCUCAGGAAGCCUUCACCACAGCUGCCUGAGCUCACCCUUGCCAAAUGAGGGCUGGGGCAGCAGCAACGCAUACACUCACGGCUGUGGCGGGCAGCGUUCUUGGCACAUUUCAGGACACCUAAGGAGACUGAAUAGCUCAAGGCUGCUGCUGUGUGCAGGGGGCUAGACGUGGGGCGGGCAGGCAGGGCUCCUGGUAACAGCCCUGCAGGCCGCAGUGGAAAGCAGGGCUCCGGCAGGACCGCCCAGGAACUUUCGGCAGGCCCGGCCCCGGCCCCUUUCCGAGCAGCCCGGGCCUCCGCCCUGCCCUCUGUCCCCAACGCCGGGAGCCGCCGUUCGUCCUCCAGAGCCCCGCCCGGGCGAGCCCGGGAGGCCGAUUGCCGCUCGCGGAACGCGCUGGGACCCGGGCCCUCCCCGGCGCGGGGCGACCCCGUGUGGCCCAGUGCGCGGCCGCGGCGCGCAAGAUGGCGGCGGGCCCGGGCACCGCCCCUUCCGCCCCGCCGGGCGUCGCACGAGGCCGGCUCGAAGGGGAAGUGAGUCAGUGUCCGCGCACCCGGCCGGCCCAGGCCCGCGCCCGCCGCGGCCCUGAGAGGCCCCAACAGGUCCCGGCCCGGCGGCGGCGGCGGCGGCCAUGGCCGGGGGGCCGGGCCCGGGGGAGCCCGCAGCCCCCGGCGCCCAGCACUUCUUGUACGAGGUGCCGCCCUGGGUCAUGUGCCGCUUCUACAAAGUGAUGGACGCCCUGGAGCCCGCCGACUGGUGCCAGUUCGCCGCCCUGAUCGUGCGCGACCAGACCGAGCUGCGGCUGUGCGAGCGCUCCGGGCAGCGCACGGCCAGCGUCCUGUGGCCCUGGAUCAACCGCAACGCCCGUGUGGCCGACCUCGUGCACAUCCUCACGCACCUGCAGCUGCUCCGUGCGCGGGACAUCAUUACAGCCUGGCACCCUCCCGCCCCGCUUCCGUCCCCAAGCACCACUGCCCCGAGGCCCAGCAGCAUCCCUGCACCCGCCGAGGCCGAGGCCUGGAGCCCCCGGAAGUUGCCAUCCUCAGCCUCCACCCUCCUCUCCCCAGCUUUUCCAGGCUCCCAGACCCAUGCAGGGCCUGAGCUCGGCGUGGUCCCAAGCCCUGCUUCCCUGCGGCCUCCACCGCCAUCUCCAGCCCCUUCCUCUACCAAGCCAGGCCCAGAGAGCUCAGUGUCCCUCCUGCAGGGAGCCCACCCCUCUCCAUUUUGCUGGCCUCUCUGUGAGAUUUCCCAGGGCACCCACAACUUCUCAGAGGAGCUCAAGAUCGGGGAGGGUGGCUUUGGGUGCGUGUACCGGGCGGUGAUGAGGAACACGGUGUAUGCUGUGAAGAGGCUGAAGGAGGACGCUGACCUGGAGUGGACUGCAGUGAAGCAGAGCUUCCUGACCGAGGUGGAGCAGCUGUCCAGGUUUCGUCACCCAAACAUUGUGGACUUUGCUGGCUACUGCGCUCAGAGCGGCUUCUACUGCGUCGUGUACGGCUUCCUGCCCAACGGCUCCCUGGAGGACCGUCUCCACUGCCGGACCCAGGCCUGCCCACCUCUCUCCUGGCCUCAGCGACUGGACAUCCUUCUGGGUACAGCCCGGGCAAUUCAGUUUCUACAUCAGGACAGCCCCAGCCUCAUCCAUGGAGACAUCAAGAGUUCCAACGUCCUUCUGGAUGAGAGGCUGACACCCAAGCUGGGAGACUUUGGCCUGGCCCGGUUCAGCCGCUUUGCCGGGUCCAGUCCCAGCCAGAGCAGCAUGGUGGCCCGGACACAGACAGUGCGGGGCACCCUGGCCUACCUGCCCGAGGAGUACAUCAAGACGGGAAGGCUGGCUGUGGACACGGACACCUUCAGCUUUGGGGUGGUAGUGCUAGAGACCCUGGCUGGUCAGAGGGCUGUGAAGACGCACGGUGCCAGGACCAAGUAUCUGAAAGACCUGGUGGAAGAGGAGGCUGAGGAGGCUGGAGUGGCUUUGAGAAGCACCCAGAGCACACUGCAAGCAGGUCUGGCUGCAGAUGCCUGGGCUGUUCCCAUCGCCAUGCAGAUCUACAAGAAGCACCUGGACCCCAGGCCCGGACCCUGCCCACCUGAGCUGGGCCUGGGCCUGGGCCGGCUGGCCUGCUGCUGCCUGCACCGCCGGGCCAAAAGGAGGCCUCCUAUGACCCAGGUGUACGAGAGGCUAGAGAAGCUGCAGGCAGUGGUGGCGGGGGUGCCCGGGCAUUCGGAGGCCGCCAGCUGCAUCCCCCCUUCCCCGCAGGAGAACUCCUACGUGUCCAGCACUGGCAGUGCCCACAGUGGGGCUGCCCCAUGGCAGCCCCCAGCAGCGCCAUCAGGAGCCAGUGCCCAGGCGGCAGAGCAUCUCCAGAGAGGCCCCAACCAGCCCGUGGAGAGUGACGAGAGCCUAGGCGGCCUCUCUGCUGCCCUGCGCUCCUGGCACUUGACUCCAAGCUGCCCUCUGGACCCAGCACCCCUCAGGGAGGCCGGCUGUCCUCAGGGGGACAUGGCGGGAGAAUCGAGCUGGGGGAGUGGCCCAGGAUUCCGGCCCACAGCCGUGGAAGGACUGGCCCUUGGCAGCUCUGCAUCGUCAUCAUCAGAGCCACCGCAGAUUAUCAUCAACCCUGCCCGACAGAAGAUGGUCCAGAAGCUGGCCCUGUACGAGGAUGGGGCCCUGGACAGCCUGCAGCUGCUGUCGUCCAGCUCCCUCCCAGGCUUGGGCCUGGAACAGGACAGGCAGGGGCCCGAAGAAAGUGAUGAAUUUCAGAGCUGAUGUGUUCACCUGGGCUGAUCCCCCAAAUCCGGAAGUCAAAGUUCUCAUGGUCAGAAGUUCUCAUGGUGCACGAGUCCUCAGCACUCUGCAGGCAGUGGGGGUGGGGGCCCAUGCCCGCGGGGGAGAGAAGGCGGUGGCCCUGCUGUUCUAGGCUCUGUGGGCACAGGCAGGCAGAGUGGAACCCUGCCUCCAUGCCGGCAUCUGGGGGCAAGGAAGGCGGGCAUCAUCCAGUGAGGAGGCUGGCGCAUGUUGGGAGGCUGCUGGCUGCACAGACCCGUGAGGGUAGGAGAGGGGCUGCUGCGCAGGGGCGUGGAGUAGGGAGCUGGCUCCCCUGAGAGCCAGGCAGGGCGUCUGCAGCCCAGGCCUCUGGCAGCAGCUCUUUGCCCAUCUCUUUGGACAGUGGCCACCCUGCACAAUGGAGCCGAUGGACCCUCCUACCUGCUUACAAUUUGGAAAAGUGUGGCCGGGUGCGGUGGCUCAUGCCUGUAAUCCCAGCACUUUGGGGGGCCAAGGCAGGAGGAUCGCUGGAGCCCAGUAGGUCAAGACCAGCCAGGGCAACAUGAUGAGACCCUGUCUCUGCAAAAAAAUUUUUUAAACAAUUAGCCUGGCAUGGUAGCGCACGCCUGUGGUCCCAGCUACUGGGGAGGCUGAAGUGGGAGGAUCAUUUAUGCUUGGGAGGUCGAGGCUGCAGUGAGUCAUGAUUGUAUCACUGCACUGCAGCCUGGGUGACAGAGCAAGACCCUGUUUCAAAAAGAAAAACUCUGGGAAAAGUGAAGUAUGGUUGUAAGUCUCAUGGUUCAGUCCUAGCAAGAAGCGAGAAUUGUGAGAUCCUCCAGAAAGUCGAGCAGCACCCACCUCCAACUUCGGGCCAGUGUCUUCAGGCUUUACCGGGGACCUGUGAGCUGGCCUAAUGUGGUGGCGCCACAGACGAGCUCCAAGCCAAGUCAGGCUUCGGAGGCCACAAGCUCAGCCUCAGGCCCAGGCACUGAUUGUGGCAGAGGGGCCACUACCCAAGGUCUAGCUAGGCCCAAGACCUAGUUACCCAGACAGUGAGAAGCCCUGGGAAGGCAGAAAAGUUGGGAGCAUGGCAGACAGGGAAGGGAAACAUUUUCAGGGAAAAGACAUGUAUCACAUGUCUUCAGAAGCAAGUCAGGUUUCAUGUAACCGAGUGUCCUUUUGCGUGUCCAAAAGUAGCCCAGGGCUGUAGCACAGGCUUAACAGUGAUUUUGUGUUCAGCCGUGAGUCACACUACAUGCCCUGUGAAGCUGGGCAUUGGUGAAGUCCAGGUUGUCCUUGAGUAAUAAAAACGUAUGUUGCAA